CCCGCCUCCUCCCUCACACUGUCAGUACGUGGCCCUUCCACAGCUCCAGUAAGGAUGGAGGCCGCGCUGUCCAGGCCCGCGCUGCUGCUGGUGUUCUGCAUUGUCCUGUGCGUGCAUGCAGCAGAAGAUAAAGAGCAGGCUCGGCCUGGCAGAGCAAGUCAGGACGGAGAGUGUCACUUCUACGCUGGAGGGCAGGUGUACCCCGGGGAGGCCACCCGUGUGCCAGUGUCCGACCACUCCCUGCAUCUCAGCAAAGCAAAAAUUUCCAAGCCAGCUCCAUACUGGGAAGGAACGGCAGUCAUAAAUGGAGAAUUCAAAGAGCUAAAACUUACAGAUUACAAAGGAAAAUAUUUAGUUUUCUUCUUCUAUCCUCUUGAUUUCACAUUUGUUUGCCCAACUGAAAUUAUUGCCUUUGGGGACCGCAUAGAAGAAUUUAGAUCAAUCAAUACUGAAGUUGUAGCCUGCUCUGUGGACUCCCAGUUUACACACUUGGCAUGGAUUAAUACACCACGGAAGCAAGGUGGGCUUGGGCCGAUGAAAAUUCCUCUUCUUUCUGACUUGACUCAUCAGAUUUCAAAAGACUAUGGUGUAUACUUGGAGGACCAAGGUCACACACUCAGAGGGCUUUUUAUAAUCGAUGACAAGGGGGUUCUACGUCAGAUUACGAUGAAUGACCUUCCUGUUGGAAGAUCUGUGGAUGAAACGCUUCGUCUUGUUCAAGCAUUCCAAUAUACAGACAAGCAUGGGGAAGUUUGUCCUGCUGGGUGGAAGCCUGGUAGUGAGACGAUCAGACCUGAUGAUGCUAUGAAAGCUUGGUGGCCAAGACAGGAACUAUAAUUCCUGACCCAGCUGGAAAACUUAAAUAUUUUGACAAGCAACACUGAUUUUGGUAGUGUUUAAAUAUGCAUAUGGAUCAGUACUUGUUAAAGCUGGUUGAUAACAUUCAUUAAAAUUC